AUGGCCGGAUAUCUCUUGCUUGUGAUCCCAAGCAUCCUCAUGAGCUUGCUCUUGUCGAGAUCACCAUUCAUGAUGACCACUACGCCGCAGACAACGAAGCCGUGGGCCGAUGGGCCUAUGAAGCUCAUCCCCACGCCGCAAUACGUGACCAAGAAGAGCAUUGAACAGACCGAUCUCUUCACGACCGGUGCGACGCACAUGUGCUUGCUGCACAACUCCAUCCUCCGCGGUUACAACUCCAUCUACCACCAAGCCCCAUUAAUCCAAGAGGCCGACAAGGCAGACUUUGUGGGAUACUCCCAGGCCUGGUUCAAGUUUGUCAAGUCGCACCACGAUGACGAGGAGGAAUCUCUCUUUACCAAGGUCGAGGACCUCUUGAACGACAAGAACGUCUUCGCCGAGACGCACAAGGAGCAUGAAUCUUUCCUUGGUGGCCUUGCCGAAUUCAACACCUACCUCUCGUCAUUGUCCUCGCCCUCCGACUUCUCCGGUGCCAAGCUCCUCGACAUCAUGAAGGGCUUCCAGGAGCCGUUCGAGAACCACUUCCACAGCGAAAUCAGCACCAUCGCCGGCCUGGCGGAACACCCGAAUGCACCGAAAGAGGGGACACCGGAGGCGGCGAACGCGAGCUUGACGUUCAAGACGUGGGGCAAGAGCACGGUGACCAAGGCCGGCACGGCGGAUGUCGUCCCGUUCUUCCUGCUCAACCUGGAUCGGACGGUGGAGGACGGGUUGUGGGCGAACUGGCCGCCCAUGCCGGCGCCGAUCAAGUGGGGACUGAUCAAUAUCGCCGGCGCCUGGCAUUGGGGUUGGUGGAAGUUUGCCAGCUGCGACGCGUCGGGGCAGCCGAGGGAGCUGUACGCGUUGCAGAAUGUGUCGGCGGAGGACAAGGCGAAGGCCGAGCUCUGA